AGUUUCCUCUUUGUCUCCAAGGUAGACUUGACCAUAGUAGUUCAUUGUUGCAAUGAAGAAGAAGCACAGGUCCUCAAACAGUGAAGAUUCUGGAAGAGCACUUAGUUCCUCUCCGUCAAAUUCACCGUCGUGUCGGAGGGAGCCCAAAAGAAGCCACUCUGAUGAGCGUCCAAAGUCCAAGUGUGUUCGCUCCAGGGGUCGAUCAAGGAGCCCAAGCCAACAGAAGCGAAGCUCUUCACGUGGAAGGAAGAGGAAGAGGAAGAGAGACAAGCCGGAAGAUGAGUCUCGUGCUUCUGAUCUGACCCACGAUCGUGCCAGAACUUCUGCCAAAUCCAUAUCACCACAUCAGAGCGAGCAGAAACACAGCAAUGGAGUCCGAAGUAGUAGUGAUAGUAGUGAUAACUACUACCGAUCUCAACGUUCCAGCUCCACAGGAAAGCAAAAGAAACCCAGUCAGCAGAGAUCAAGAAGGGACAGGGAUGAGUCCCAGUCCCCUGCAUCAUUACAAAGGGGCAAGCACAAUGAUAGGGAUGAAUCCCCCACAUCACUACGCAGGGUCAAGUACAAUGAUAGAGAUGAGUCCCCUGCAUCAUCACGCAGGGGCAAGCAUGAUGAUGGGGAUGAGUCUCCAUUACGUAGGGACAGGCGUAAUGAUAGGGAUGAGUCCCCUGCAUCACCCCGCAGACGCAGGCGUUAUGAUAGGGAUGAGUCUCCUGCAUCGCCACACAGAGGCAGGCAUUAUGACAGGGAUGAAUACCAUGCAUCACCAUUCAGAGGCAGGUAUCAAGACAGGGGCAGGCAUUAUGACAGGGGCAAGUAUUAUGACAGGGGCAGGCAUUAUGAAGGGGAGAAGUAUUAUGACAGGAGCAGGUACUAUGAUGGGGACAAGUAUUAUGACAGGGGCAGGUAUCAAGACUGGGACACCCCCCCUGCAUCACUACGCAGGGACAGGCAUCAUGAUGAAGACACUCCCCCUGAAUCGCUGCGCAGGAGCAGACAGUACGACAGUGGUACCUAUUCUCUGCGGCGCUCAUCUGAGUCUGGAGGCAGAUACCCUGAAGAGCGUCGUAGGUCCAGCUGGCUUGAUGCAGAGGACUCUGAUAAGGAAAUGACUGAGGAAGAGAAAAAGUUAAAAGAGGUGAUGGGCUUUGUGAAAUUCACUACUGCCAGGAAGAAGCUGCAAAUAGGUGAAAUCAUCUGA